GAGUCCGGCCGGGCCGCCUGGGGAGCGGAGCCGCCGCCGCCGGAGCUGCGUCCGCUAUGGGGACGGCGUACGCGCGGAUGCGCUGCAUCAAGAUCUUGUUGUUCAUCUUCAACCUGAGCUUCUGGCUGGCAGGAUUGGCUGUCAUUGCCUUUGGUCUGUGGCUGCGGUUUGGUGGGGCUAUGGCAGAGUUUGCUUCAGACAAAAGGUCUCCAGAAUAUUUCUUCAUAGGUCUGUAUGUGCUGGUGGGAGCGGGGGCUCUCAUGACCACAGUUGGAUUCUUUGGGUGCUGUGGAGCAGCGCGGGAGUCUCAGUUCUUACUUGGAGCAUUCUUUGCUUGCUUGUUGGUGAUAUUUGCAGCUGAGAUCACUGCUGGAGUAUUUGCAUUUAUAGGCAAGAAAGUGGCAAUACAGGAAGCCCAGAGAAUCUAUGAAGACAUUUAUGAUGAGUACGUGAAAAACCCAGGGAAGGUCAACAGAACGAUCUACCACUACCACUUGGCUCUCCAGUGCUGUGGUAAGGAUAAUUUGGAGCAACACGUGGGAUUACCUUGUCCAGAGAAAAUGCAGGUGCCAAAGAACUGCCUGGUUGAAAUCCAUAACGUAAUCGAUGCCAAUCUGCACUUAGUUGGGAUUGUUGGAAUUGCGAUUGCUGGCACCACAAUCUUUGGCAUGAUAUUCAGCAUGGUUCUCUGCUGUGCUAUCCGUAACACGAGAGAAAUGAUCUAAAGCUGUCACUGCACAACUGUGUCCAGAAGCUUUACAAGAAGCGCUCUUCUACCCAGCUUAAUAAUUGUAAUGUAUUUUAAUUAGUGUCUUAACAUACUGAGAGGAAAAUAUCCCAUUAGGUGUGGAGGUGAAUUGUAUUAGUGACUGCGAAGCUGAAAUGAACAAAAAAGGGUUUUAAAAAUGUCCUUUUUAAUGAAAAGAGCCGAGGUGGCAUCUCAGACUAAUUUGAUUUUUAAUGUUUGUAUAUGUGCAAUUGAGAGCUUACAUAUCUAUAGGCAUUGUGUAAGUACAUGCAUUUCUCUCAUUACAGAUAUGUAUGCACAUUAGCAAGUAUCUGUGUAUGUAGUACCUUAUGUAGGUAAGUAUGUGCAAAUGGGAUAUGUUGUGUGUCCACAUUUGCAUGCGUAUUUUUCCAGUCUCACCAUGCAAGAGUGUGCACACACCCAUAGGUUGCUUGAAACACUUUCAUUCCGAGCCCCCCUUUGCCAAGAACUGGCGAAGGAACAAAUGCCAUUUUAAAAGGACCCAGCAUCUAUUUUGCAACUGUUCCAUCCAAACCCCAAAGAGGAAAUAUGGUUUGUUUUAAAUGACUUUGUUUUUACAAAGGGGUCUCCUCCAGCACACUCCUUCCUGGGAGAUCCUCCAAAGCCCCUGGAUGUGGUCCUGGGCGCGCUGCCCUGCGUGGCCCUGCUUGAGCACAGUGCUUGGACCAGAGGGACACAGAGGUCCCUCCCAACUUCAACCAUUCUGUGAUUCUGUGACUUCACUGGCAUGCACAGACUGGAGUUUUGUUUUUGUUUAAGUCCAGUUACGUUUUCAUGCAAGUGCAGAAAGCUCUGCGGGAAGAAACAGUCCAAGGAGAUCCGGGCUAAACAAAGAGAGGAGGAGGUAGGAAGCUGGCAAGAUAGGGUCAUCUGGGAGCGACUGUAACGCACAGUGUGGUUAAGCUUCCCAAGCUAACCUGAGACAAAAACCAAAACUAAACCACCAAAACCUCUACAUGUUAAAGGGGCCACUAAAAUCUUGGUUCAGAAGUCCCUUUAUGCUGUAAGACUUCGAUCUAUAAUGCUGGUGCAGGAGUAGAACCUGUCUUAAGAAAAGCAGCGGCUCUGUCAGAUGCCCUGCAGAGCACAACUGGUGUGUAGAGUCCAACGGAGGAGAAAAAACGGUCAGGGAAAAACACGCAGCACUUUAAUAUCCUCUGGUUUUGCUUCUGUGACUAUCACAGCUUCCUGGGGGCUCCUACCUCAACCUCCCACCCCUUCCUGCAGGUGUAAGGCAGAAAAGAAAGAUGGGACUUCUUUUCUAAAAAAGGGCAAAAAAAGGAAAAAAAAUAGAAGAACAGAGCCAGAGAGAAUAGAAUUUCCUUACUGGCAUUUGUGGGUUGCAUGUCAGGUACAAAAAAAAUGCCGUUCUUGAAAUACCUCAGGGCUUGCAUUUGCAUUAUUUGUUUCUAUAUUGUUAUUUUUAUAUUCUUCAUGCUUAUUUAUGAGAGUGUUCCUUCUAAAGCAGCCUAGAAGGGAGAAAGUUUAUUCCCAGAAAGAGCAAAUAAAUUUCAGCAAGGGCUCUGAAUCUCUUCAUUUUUUGCUUACUCCAGUUAAUUUAAGCAUUCCAAAGAAUAACUUUCUGCUAGCAAUGCCCCUUUAAUUAUUAGUAGCUCAGAGUUCUUAUGCAGUUGUUCCUUUUUAAGAGAAUAGGUAUAACAGAGCUCAGUUACAUUGAGUAUCUCAGUGGAAUGGUCCAUGAUGCCUAACGAGACUUGGCAUUUACAAGUCAUUUAUCUCACUAAACAUGAUGGCACUUCAGGUAAUGUGUGCAGUCCAUUACACGUGUUUGUGUGUAACAUACAUCCCUCCUGAUGAUUUUCUCUCAUUUCCAACAGAAACUCCAAUUUCUAUCACUUUUCUGUUACUUCAGUAUUGGAAAUGGUGCUGCUGUUCCAUGUUUCCCACUUAAUUGACACAUCUUGCUGUCUUUUACAUGGAUGUCACUUUCCAAAUUGUUCACCUGUAAGCUGUGACUAUCCAAGUGACAUUGAUGCAGCUGUGCACUUGUAGGGGAACCCUUAGGCUGGGGCUUGAACUGGUGAUUGAGCACCUGGUGAAGGGGUGCUGUUGGCCCAAGGAGCACAUUGUUUGCACCUGUGCUCUCCCACAUGCCCAGAAGGGCUGGACCCAAUGCAGAGCCACACUGGGCUCAUAUAAGGGGCAGCCACUGAAGGGAGAGCAUCACUUGGACCUGGGCUGCUUCCUGAGGAGUGCUGCAUUGCCACAGAGAGCCCCUUCACCAGCUGGGUGAGUUCAGUGCUUCUUUCUGUUUAAUAUGACUAUUGGCCUAGGGUGAGUGCUUUGUGUGGUAUCACCAGGAGCCUCUCAGCAGCUGUUUUGUGUGAAAUAGCAUUAAAAAUUGCACUAAACGUGAACUGUGAUAACAGCUGUGGGCUCAGCAAGCACUGACAGGUGAGCAGUUUCCAGGCUUAACUUCAGGUCCCCAUUUGACAGAGAGGUUUUGCAUCACAGACCAACGAGCUCCACUCUUGUUUUAGCUCUUAAUGGUGCAAGACCUUUGUUCUUUACUGGCAGUAAGAAUCAUUUCCAAGUAACUGCACUGUGUAUCCUCAGUAAGAAAGCUUUUCAGAGGUAACUAAAUCCAAGUCAGUACCUGAGCUUCCUCAGGUACAGUUCAUGCUCCAAAGCUGCACGUCAGGAUUUAAUUAACCAGCUUUGCUCCAGAUGGGUGCUGAUUGCCUGAGAAGUCAGCAGAGGUGCCCAUCUAGUCAGGAAGGUGGCAACAGACCAAAGCCUUCUGGGGAUAACUCUGAAAGCACAACACACGUCUUCCUAUCCAGCCAACCACCCUGUUCUCAAGUAUAAACAUGUAAAUGGUUGAUUCCUUUCUUAUUUCUUUUAAGAGCAUUAUUCAUCAUUCCCUGGUCUAGUUUUCCUGAGUAAUGGGCUCCAGUGGGAGCUUCACAUAUUACAAGCUAACUGCAGCCUGUCUGGCAGAGACUGAGCAGGAGCUGAUGAAGCACAGCCCUGUAAUAUCCCUACGGUGAGGAUUCAUAUUUCACUUUUAUACCAAAAGUGAUAGUUUUAUAGCAAGACGUAUUUCAUGCGUAUUGAGAAGGGAAUUGGGUUAUCUUAAGCCUCUAAAUGCCUCUUUCAGCCUUCAGAGGCUGAUUAACAGCACCAGGUGCUGUUUGUAGGGCACCUGCAUAAGCAAAGCUCACCAAUCUCACUUCUGUCGGUGCUCCGGUCACUGCUGGGUUCUCCACAACACAAACUGCUUCCAAUGUGACGUUUGUUUCUACAGCCCGAAUUCUGAUUUGGGGCAGAACUGGGAUAUUUGUCCUUGCAAUGUCUGUAGCAGCAUUAUCUCUAUCACAGCUCUCUGUGGGAAAUGAAAAGGAAACGGAGCGAUGCUUAUUCUGUUGCUGAAGGCAGCUUCUGCUUUCCUUUGGUUUUAACGUGUACUAAAGUGGAAAUGUGUUGGUUGGAUUGUUUUGAAUUUGAGACGAUGUUCUAAUAAAAAUAACCAGCAAUUCGAGACUCUCA